GUAAGAAAGAAGAAAAGCCUCCCGUCAUUGUUGCUAAAGAACAAACUGUGACUGAGGAACCUAAAACAGUUGACAAUUUAUCUGAUGCCCUUGUGAUAGCAUCUAUUACAGAGGCCAUGUCUUCAUUCAAGAAAACCAAUGAUGGUAAACAACCUGAAAUUGACAUUAAAAUCGAACUUCCAGAAGACAAUUCUCUGGCAGCUGCACUGGGAAACAAUGUCUCUAUUGUCCCAGUAUCACCAACAGACACAGUCGUUGCCUCAACCAUUCCCCCAGCAUCAUCUUCAUCUUCCAAACCACCUUUACGUCGAGUAUCAUCUAAAUCUACAGCUUCAAAAAAGCAAUCAGAUGUGGAGGAUCUUAACAUGCCUGAAGGAACUGUAGAAGACACAGGACACUUCUUCGAACAGGAAUUAUCACCCGGAAAACUCAACAAGAGAUAUCGUGAUAAACCCCUCAUAAAUAAAGACAUUGACUUUCAGCGAGUCGACGAUGAUGGGGAUCCGGUGAAUUCAGAUUGGUCAAGCUGGUUGGAGCAAAAGAGUCGCAUGAUGAGAGGCCAGCCACUAGAGGUUGAAAGGAUUGAAUUUGAGAGAACAGCUGAGGGCAGGGAGAGAGAGGGUGACUGGGACAGCUGGAUAGAUGAUGGCCUGGAUUACAAUGAUGCAUACAAAGGUUGUAUACCCAGAAAUGUGCCAGACUAUCCAGCUCCUGAUAGACCACAGUCAAGUCACAGAGAUAAUAUGGACGGUCCACACAGACCUUCGAGGCUUGAGCUUGAUCAUGAACUAGUCGCCAAUAAGAAGGGUAUUGUCAGGAGGAAAAGAAGUAGCAUUGAUAGCCCACACAGCCCAGGAGUAUUUCCUCAAUAUGACAAUCAAAAUCUACUUAGACGGCAAACAUCAGAAAAUGAUGGAAGCGAUGCGAACAGAAGGAUACAAAGUGGUGGAUAUAUGGAGCCCAGAAGAGGCUUAAGUCGACAUAAAGGAGAAUCCACAAUGAUGGAGGAUGCUCUUGCGGCUUUAGAUGAUGUUGUGCAGUCUUAUGAAGAAAAAGACUAUGGUGCAAGAAGGUCACUUCCAGAAACAAGGUUCUAAGUUCAAUAAUAUUAGAGGGUAACAGGAACUUUUGGAAUACCCACCCCUCUUGACCUACCCCCUCUAGCUCACCCCAGGGGGACCACAACAACAGGCAGAAUCUUGUACAAGUACUUCAUAUAUCAGUGCUUGAGCUAAUAAUUUGUGGUCAAUGUGACAUUCUGAACUAGUCCUCAAAGGAAUAUUCCUUGCAAGACCAUUGCUGUCGUGAUAUAGUUACUAUAACUUAUUAUCUACUAUCCAUACUAUGCAAAGAUAUGGGAAAGGUUAUAGUACAUUCAAAUUAAUUGUACUGUUAAUUGCAAGUGGGCUGCCUUUCAAGUAGGAAGCGAAAUGAAAACAUCAACUAGACUUUAUCAAAAGUAUCUGAGCUUGGUGCUAAAGUGAUUUAACUUAUGGAAAUGUAAUUAAAAUCUAAAGUCCAUAUCAAAAGUGACCUUUGGCAAGGUUAUAGCCAAGUUUCAAAAAUGGUCAAGGCAAUUUUAAAUCGUUGUGACAAAACUUGAAGUCAAAGAGGAUUUCAAUUUCAGUUGAAUAAAUAGUGUUCUACGAAACUUUAGAAUCGCAGUUGCCUCCUGCCUCAUUAGAAGCUAGCUACAACUAGUUCAGUGGUUGAUGGCUCAUUGUGACCAAGAGAAUCACUCAUGAGGAUAAAAUAAAGAAAUAUAUAUAUACAUUGACCAAAGAUCAGUCACCA